AUGUCAUCAACAGUACCAUCUGUACCAACUAAUAAAUUAUUGAUUCGAGAGCGACCAAAUUCAGCUACUGUUCCAAGCGACCAAGAAGAGAAACGAGAUUUUGUCGAACAACUAAAUGAAUUAUCAUUAAAACAACAUCAUCGACAAUAUUCUGGUCUUCAUCGUUUAAAUGCGUUUCAUAGUCGUUCAUCAUCAGUUGAACCACAACAACAACAAACGAAUGUAACUGUUAUAAAUGAUUGUGAAAAUGUUUCUGAAAUAAGUAAAGAAGAAGAAAUUCUCGAAAGAAGUCGACAAAUGCUUGAAGAAAGCAAAGUUAAAAAUGAACAAUUAGCUGAACAAGCAAAAGUAUUUCAACGAACAUUACAAAGAAAUGAAAUCUAUUCAGCAUUGAAUCGUUUUUCAAAUCGGCCACCAAUUUAUCCAACUGUUGUUAAAGAGACACGAACAUCAACUUCAACUUCAAAUAGAUUUCAACAAUUGAAAGUGAAUCCAACAGUUUCAUUUAUAAACGAUCAACAAAAUCGAAUUAAAUCAGCUAAUUCUUCACAAGAUUAG